AUGUCGCAACUAAACUGCCUUAAUUUAUUCAACGUCCAAGGCCAAGUGGCAGUAGUCACCGGCGGGAGCAGUGGACUAGGGCUUAUGAUAUGCAAGGGACUGGUAUCAAACGGCGCCAAAGUGUACGUCGUUGCACUGCCUAGUGAUCCCAUCAAUGAAGUAGUCGACGAGCUCAAUAAGCUCGGUUCUGAAACUGGAGGAAGUGCAUUCGGGUUUCCCUGCGAUCUUUCCUCCAAAUCCUCAAUCCAAGCCUUGGCUCAAGAAAUCUCCAACAGAGAGACUCAUCUUGACAUGCUCAUCUCCAACGCUGGCAUUCGUCGCGAUCCACCUGUUCAAUGCAACGUCCUUACUGCAUCAAUAACACAAUUACAACAAUCAAUGUGGUCCAGCAAUGAGACAGACUGGGAGAAAACUUUUCGAGUAAACACUACUGCUCACUACUUCUUGAGUGUUGCUUUACUACCUCUUCUUGCUGCCGCUGCAGCCGAGGGACGCGAUCAAGGACGUGGUGUGGUUGUGAUUACUAGUUCGUGUGCGAGUAUGCAUAAUGUGACCAAUGUCGAUCUCACGAGUUAUGCAACGAGUAAAGCUGCCACUGAUCAUUUGGUGAAAUUGUUGGCUGCUAAAUAUCAUCGAUUCUAUGUGAGAGUGGUUGGGAUCAAUCCUGGCUUUGUCCCAAGUAAUAUGAACCCAGUGGGGGAAGAAGGAAACAUUUUUAGCAGUCUAUUUGACAAGGUCCCUGCAAAAAGGCCGGCGAUUGCGGAGGACAUUGCUGGCACGGUGUUGUAUCUAGUCAGCAAAGCUGGGGCCUAUGUAGAUGGGAUAUCGCUGUGUGUUGAUGGAGGAAGGGUACUUCUUGCUAACGGGCAAGAAUAG